AUGAGUGUGAAGGUAUUCGUGGGUCUUGCUACAGCAUGCAGUGUCUUUGUCAUCAUCAUGUCUCUCGUUGCUGUUUGCAUUAUUUACAAUGACAUCAAUACCUUAUAUGAUGAUGUUAUGGAUGAAAUGGGCGAAUUUAAGACUGUCGCAGAUGACACAUGGCAAAGGAUAUUAUUGCUGCAUAUGCAUCCAUCCGGUAGCACUGAUACAACACCAACCUUUUCAAGCCUUUUUGCAAGAUUCAAACGACAAUUUCAAUUUCCUGAACGAUGUAAUUGUGGGCCUAGUGCAGAAGGAUGCCCAAGAGGGCCACCAGGACCACGAGGAGAAAUAGGUGAAAAAGGGACAGAUGGAUAUGCAGGUGGAGAUGGGCCACCAGGUCCACCGGCUAUCGUACCGAUAACAACACCUGAACCACGUGAAUGCAUUAAUUGCCCACCGGGACCACCGGGACGAGAAGGACCACAAGGAGAAAUGGGUGAAGCUGGGCCACCUGGAAAAUCAGGUAUUGAUGGAAGGCCAGGAGCAAGAGGUAGACCAGGUCAGCAGGGAUCACAAGGUCAACCUGGUGAGCCAGGACAUGAUGGAACACCUGGACGACCAGGACCACCAGGCAGAGAUGGUAAGCGCGGAAUUGGGCCACAAGGACCAAAGGGACCAACUGGAUCACGAGGACCACCAGGACCACCAGGCCAAGAUGGACAAAGAGGUGCUGACGGUGAGCCAGGUGAACAAGGGCCAGAAGGAAGAAGUGGUAAUGAUGGCAGACGUGGUGGAGAUGGUAGACCGGGACCGCCUGGAACUCAAGGUCUACCAGGCCCAGAUGCUCAUUAUUGUCCAUGUCCAGCACGUAGUUCUGUCUUUUUGACAAUGGCCAAGAAAGCGAAACAUAAGUCAGCCUAA